UGAAACGAAGCGGACGGCGUAGAGCGUAAGCGUCAUUCGGAGGAUUUUUUUCAUUGACACUCGCCGGUUGCCUUACAUAACCGAGAGUGCUGGUUUCAUCUUCGGAUUCUGUCCUUUCGCUCGAAGCCGGUUUUACUCUGUGGGAACACAGCGUUGGCGUUUGCGACUCGCUUACGGAUCGGUUUAUUCUGUUUCUUCAGACUCCCCAGGAAGAUGGCGGCGAUGUGCCUGAGGCGUAGCGGGGCCUGGGGUCAGUGGCGGGCGCUCCGUCUCCAGUCAUCUCGCAGCUCACAGACAGCGGCAGCUACUGCUACUGCAGCACAAGCAGCAUCUCGCAUUAAAAAAUUUGCGAUUUACAGGUGGAAUCCAGAUAAGCCUGGUGACAAGCCUCGAAUGCAAACCUAUGAGAUUGAUCUAAAUGCAUGUGGUCCGAUGGUACUAGACGCUCUUAUCAAGAUCAAGAAUGAAGUGGACUCCACACUGACAUUCCGAAGAUCUUGCAGGGAAGGAAUAUGUGGUUCCUGUGCCAUGAACAUCAAUGGCAGCAAUACAUUGGCUUGCACCUGCAAAAUCGACAGCAAUCUUGGCAAAGUGACAAAGAUUUACCCGCUACCUCAUAUGUACGUGGUGAAGGAUCUUGUUCCAGACCUGAGUAACUUCUAUGCUCAGUAUAAGUUAAUUGAACCAUACCUGAAGAGAAAGGAUGAAUCUCAAGAGGGCAAGGAGCAGUACCUGCAAUCAAUUGAGGACAGACAGAAACUGGAUGGUCUUUAUGAGUGCAUUCUCUGUGCCUGUUGCAGUACCAGCUGUCCCAGUUACUGGUGGAAUGGAGAUAAAUACCUGGGGCCUGCUGUCCUGAUGCAGGCCUAUCGCUGGAUGAUUGACUCCAGGGAUGAGUUCACAGAGGAGCGGUUAGCUCAACUCCAGGAUCCUUUCUCCCUCUAUCGCUGCCAUACCAUUAUGAAUUGCACAAGAACCUGUCCAAAAGGUCUAAAUCCAGGUCUGGCAAUUGCUGAGAUUAAGAAGAUGAUGGCAACAUAUCAAGCCAAGGCUGCAACUGCAUAGUCAUGGGUAUCUGAAUUUAUCUAUUGUAAAACCUUGUGGUUUGUUUCAGCUAUGGAAGACAAUAAAUUUAUUUUGCUGUGUAA